AAUGGCCUUGGACACUCAAGGUUCCUCCGCAAGUGCUAUUAACAACAUAGCAAAGACGAACUGUCCAAGCCGUUGUGGGAAUGUGACAGUUCCUUACCCGUUUGGUAUUGGUAAAGACACGGGUUGUUCCCUUGACAACUCGUUCUACUUGACUUGUAACAUGUCUAACGAAGAUCCAAAAUUGUUCCUCCUUUCAAGCAACAUAGAAAUAUACAACAUUUCAGAUUCAGAGUUCCGCACUCGCACUCGGCCUGCUUUUAGGUGCUACAACCCAGAUGGAACUAUAAGAAAUGAAUUUGAAUGGUGGAGUAUUAUAGCUAGUCCAUUCACUUUCUCUGAAAAGAACAAGUUCACAGUCCUUGGCUGUGAUGAUUAUUCUUUGAUUAGAGGAAACAACUUUGUUAGCGGUUGUUUGGGACUAUGUAGCACAAAUCAGGAUGAGCCUGAUAAUGGACAGUGCUCAGGAUCAGGAUGUUGUCAGACAUCUAUACCAAAGGGUCUAGAUUACUAUAAUGUUACACUUAACUCCUUCAAAAACCACACAGAUGUUUGGUCUUUCAACCAAUGUGGCUUAGCGUUUCUUGGUGAGCAGGGCAGUUUUGUGUUUCAUGGUGCCGAUGAUUUGUAUAAUGCCUCGGAUAUUUGGGAGCGAAUAUGGGCCACUGUCCCAGUUGUGAUAGAUUGGGUAAUUGCACCCGAAGGGGGUUGCUCUGAGUCUGCAGAAUGCAAAGGAAACAGUUCCUGCUAUGAGGUAGACGGUGGCGGGUAUCGUUGUAGAUGCAAUAAUGGUUAUGAGGGUAACCCCUAUCUUGAUCCAGGUUGCCAAGACAUCAAUGAAUGCGCAAAUCUAGGAAUCAGCCAUUGCUAUGGUGAUUGCUUAAAUACUCUAGGGGGUUAUAAUUGUACUUGUCCACCAGGAUCUUUUGGUGAUGCAAAAAUAGAAAAUGGGUGUCUAUAUCCUAACCGCUCAAAGUUUCCAACCAUAUUCAUCAUAGCAAUGGUGUUUGGCCCAUUAGCAAUACUAUCAAGUAUAUCCGGGAUAUUUUAUGGUAUAAGGAGGAAGAAGCUAAUGAAGCUUAGAGAAAAGUUUUUUGAGCAAAAUGGGGGCAUUUUGCUAAAACAAAAGAUCAAUUCACAAGGGUCCCGGGAGGCAAUGACCUUGUUCAGCGUUGCACAACUACGUAAAGCAACUAAUAAUUAUUCUCAAGCGAAUAUUAUUGGCCAAGGUGGCUAUGGCAUAGUGUACAAGGGCGUUUUGUCUGAUAAACGUGUGGUUGCAAUAAAAAAGUCUAAAAUAGUGGAUAUUGGUCAAGCAGAGCAGUUCAUAAAUGAAGUCUUGAUCCUUACACAAGUCAUCCAUCGAAAUGUUGUAAAUCUUUUGGGGUGUUGCUUGGAAGAGGAAGUCCCUAUACUAGUAUAUGAUUUCAUCUCAAAUAAUACUCUUUUUCAUCACAUUCAUUCUAGAUUGGGUGGAAUGAGUUGGUUAUCAUGGGAAAAUCGAUUGAGAGUAGCUGUUGAAGUUGCUGGUGCACUUGCAUACCUUCAUUCUGAAACUAUUAUGCCUAUCAUACACAGAGAUGUUAAGUCUACCAACAUAUUAUUAGAUGAACACUACACCGCAAAAAUUUCAGAUUUUGGUGCAUCAAGGUUAGUCCCAUUAGAUCAUGAACAAGUAACUACUCUUAUUCAAGGCACACUUGGGUAUUUGGAUCCUGAGUACUUCAACACGAGCCAACUAACUGAGAAGAGUGAUGUAUAUAGCUUUGGAGUGGUCCUUGCGGAACUCAUAACCGGGAAAAAGCCAAUUAGUGUUGAUAGGUCCAAUGUUGAAAAGAACUUAGCAACAUAUUUUGUCAAUUCAGUUACUGAAAACCGUUUAUAUGGAAUUGUUGAACCUCGCAUAUUACGUGAAGGGACACUUGAGCAAAUACAAGUUUUAGGUGAUCUGGUAAAAAGAUGUCUUAGUCCACAAGGUCAGGAUAGACCUACAAUGAAAGAGGUGGCAAUGGAACUAGAUAGUUUGAGGAAAUUCACAACUCAUCCUUGGAUUCAACAACAAUUGUUUCAUGAGACUAGAAGUUUAACGCUAGAAGUUGAGCAAUCUGAUCUUUAUGAGGCCCCUUUAAUUUCGAAUGAUACUAUUAACAGGAAAUCUUACUCAAGCAUCACAUACAUGACAUUUGAAGAAAACAAACCACGUUAAUGUUUUUGGUGCUUCUUAUAGUGUCGAUUCAUGUAUGAGCAUCACCAUCUUCUUUGCACCAAUUAUGGUUAGUUAUAAGGUUAUAAUUGUUUUAUUCAAUGUUUCUUAUCGCAAUACUUCGUUGUAAUGAUUUGGAAAAUUUAUAAAGUAGCACCACAUGAAAAUGUCU